AAUCCACAAGCCCCUAGCCCUAAAAAAUGCCGAUGAAGGUGUCGGACGCUACAGUAUCAACCUUUGAUACUGUCUUUCAGAAGUUCAUAUCGGAAGCACCCAAAAACAAAGCCAAUCUCAUUCUCUUCUUGGCCGAUAAAGACCCUGCUACCUCUCUCAGCUGGUGCCCUGAUUGUGUGAGAGCUGAACCAGUGAUCUACAAGAAACUGGAGACCAGCUCAGAUGAUGUUGCACUUUUGAGGGCUUUUGUGGGAGACAGGCCAACAUGGAGGAAUCCCCAGCACCCAUGGAGAGUGGACUCCAGGUUUAAGCUCACAGGAGUUCCAACACUAGUCCUUUGGCAAAAUGAUGCAGUCCAGGGUCGACUUGAAGACCACGAAGCACACAUUGAAAACAAAAUCGAUGCCCUUGUUUCCGGCAUUUGAAGUGUUUACUGCUUCUCAUGUGUUGCUUGCAUUUUGCUUUUUCUGACUCUGUCCUUUCUUUUCAAACUAUAUACUACUUUUUUUUUUUCUCUCUCUAUCCUCCUCGCAAGGCUUAUUUGCUGUGGCAGCUUGGCAGCCUAUUAAAAUAAAAAGAAAUUUGAUGCAAGUCAAUAGAAUUAUAAUAUAUAAGGGAACUCCUAGCCUGUGCCCCUCGGGAUUAGUUUGUACGUUAUUCCUAAACAUCCAAGAAGGAUGCAUGCAUGUGGUGGCUUGAGAAAGAUGAAUGCCAAAUACUCUUGUCUUGGUGCUUCAAUUUGGC